AUGAAUUAAAUUUCUAAAAAGUAAUCUUGCUCAAAGCAUAAUGGAUUAGAAUAUGUUGCCUUAAAUUUAAAUCAAAAAGAUAUGCAAAAUAAAUAUUUCUGUUUACAAUGUUUAGCUGAGAAUUAGAAACAAAAGACAAUUUUAAUCACUUAAUCUUUAGAUUAGAUUGAAGAGAUAAAGCUAAAUUUAAAAUAAGAAAGAAAAAAAUAGUAAGAUCGAAAUGAGCAAAUUGUAAAAGAGAUGCUGGAUAAUGUAUAAAAUUUGAAAAACAUUUAUAUUUAAUAAUUUGAAAAAAUAUCAUGUACUUUAGAAAAAUGGAUAUAAAUGAUUUAAAAUUAGGAAGAAGAAUUUAUUAAGAAAUUAGAUUCUGCUGAAAUUAUUGAUGUAUAACAAUUUAUCAUAUUUGCUUAAUAAGAAAAUUCGUAAAAAUUAUCUUAUGAUCAAGAAAUCAAAUCUGAAUUAAAAAAUAAAUUUAUAGAAUUAACAGAAAACAAUUUAGUUAAAAAUUGCAUUGAAAUUCUAUCAAAUAUGGAAUAAAUAGCUAAUAAAUUUUAAUCUAAUGAUAAUGAUGAUGAAGAUGUAAAUAUAGAAACUAUUAUAUAUAUAGGAAUUAUAUUUGGAGUGCGAUUUACAUAAGAAUUAAAAGAUAAUAUUAUUAGAUUUGGUUGAAAAGAGAGCUUUAGAAAAACGUAUUGCUUGUUCUGAAUGUGUUGAUGAAAUUCCUUCCAAUUCAUACAAAUCUAUUAAAUUUGUAAAAGAUAAAUGGCAAAAAGUCUAAAUAGAAAAAUAAGAAAACAUGAAUAAUAAUACAAAUAUAUUAUAGCAAAAAGUAGAUUAGAUUAUAGAUUGUUUUGAUUAGAUUAAGUUAAACUAUUAAUUGAUAAUUGAAGGAUUGUAAAAGAAAAUUACAUAAAAUUUUGCUGAAUAUUUAGAGUAGGUAAGAGCUAAAAGUUUGAUACUAAAAUAAAAUUGGACCAAUCUUAAAAAAUAAUAAAUAUGUGAGAUUGCAGAACAAUUAAGUAAGAAAAAUAAAUCUAAUUUAACUGAAGAUCCUUUGAUAAAUUUAUUUAAAUAAUAAAAUAAAUUUAUAAACAAAUCUGUUAAAGAUACCCUAUUAAAUUUAUAAGAAUGUGAAAUAAUAUAAUUAAAAAAGAUUAAUUUUUCAAAAAAUCCUCUUAGAUUUAGUGAAUUAGAAAAAAUUGUAAUUGAUCAACUUGGUGAAGAAGAAAUAGAAAUGGACAGUGUUUAACAAAGAAUAGAAACAGAGAAUCCAAAAUUAGGGAUUAGUAUAACAUAUAAUUAUUUAUAAUCACACUUACCCUAUGAAUUAUAGAAAAAUAAAUCAUUAAAGUAAUAUAAUUGGUGUCAUGCAAUUGCUUUUAAUUAAGAUUGUUCUAUAAUGUUAGCAGGUUGUAAUGAAUAAAUAAAUAUUUAUAAUUUUGAUGGUUAAAUUCGUAAUUAAAUUCAAGUUUUAUCUGAGCAUUCAGGUAGUGUAACAUGUUUAUAAUUUAUGAAUAUCACAAAUUCAUUUAUAUCAGCAAGUGCGGAUUCAACAAUUAUAUUAUGGUUUGAUAAUCUCAAUAAUUUUUGGUUUUGUUAAUAAAAGUUAUAAGGGCAUACUUACUAAAUAAAUUGUUUAAUAAUAAAUAAAAAUGAUGAUACUAUUUUCUCAUGUGGAGAUGAUUAGAAAAUUGUAAUCUGGAACAAUGAUAUAAAAUGGGAAGCUUCUUAAUGUAUUUUAGAUCAUACUUCUUCGGUUUAUGGAUUAAGUUUAAAUGUAUCUUAAAAUAGAUUAAUAUCUUGUGGAUUUGAUCAUUUUAUAUUAGUUUUUGAAUAUUCAGAAAACCAAAAUAAAUGGAAUUAAGUAUAAAAAAUAUAAACUAAUAUUGGAGGGUACCGUUUAGGUUUUAUUACAGAUAAUCUAUUUACUUUUUAACCAAUUAAUUAAGAUAUUAUGGAAGCUUAUUCUAUGGAUUAAAAUAAUAAAUAUGUAAAGACUACUGCAAUUGCAAUAAAAAAAGGUUUUGAUCAAAAUUGUUUUUUUCCCUUAUAGUAUAUUGAAUCAAAAUAAAUAAUUGUCAAUAAGAGUGGAUCAAAUAUCAAUAUUAUAAAGAUUCAUGAAAGUGGUCAAUUAACAGUUGAAUAAUUUAUCCAAUUUGAAACAAAUUAUAUAUUUGGUAAAGCAAGUGAUAAUGGGGAAUAUUUAGUUACCUGGGAUUAUAUUACAAAAGAAUUAUAAGUCAGAAAAUAUUUGGAAUGA